AUGUCUCGGUGUUUCCCGUUCCCGCCACCUGGCUAUAUACUGAACGGAAUCCGCGAUGAGGCUCUGAUCGAAUCGAUCAAGGGGGGAGAGGAGAAAGCUAAGAAAGAACACAGGAAGAAGGAGAAAAAAAGAGAUAAGAAGGAUAAGAAAGACAAGAAGGAGAAGAAAGAUAAGAAGGAGAAAAAGAGAAAGGAGAGGGAAGAAAGAGGGGAUGGUGAAAGCGAAAAACACAGUCAUAAGAGACGGCGUAAAGAAGAAGGUGCCAAAGAUGGUUCAAAUCAGAAAGUUGAAGUUUUCCCCAAAGUAAAAGAAAGGGAAAAUGAGUGUUUUGAGAAGAGCAGCCUUACUGUAGAACGUGAGCUGCUUCAAUCGACGUCUCAAAACUCUUGUGAUAGCACUCUUAACAGCAAUGAGAAGCAGCCUCUCGAUGGUAGACAUAGCAGUCUCAACAGCAAUAAUGAGCUACUACCAAAACCGAAGGAAAAGCAGCCUCCUCUCGAUGGUAGACAUAACAGUCUCAGCAGCAAUGGGCUACUACCGAAGCAGAAGCAGCCUCUCGAUGGUAGACAUAACAACAACGACUCUGAAAGCAUCAUUCGGAUCCGAUUGCCUCUCCGAAGGCAGAGAGAUCCUGAGGUGAUGAUGACGACGACCAACAACAAGGAUCAACAACAAAAACCGCGGGAGAUCAAGUUAGAUUCCUCUCAGCUCUCUACUAGAGAGCAUCAGGUUAAUCAACAACCUCCUUGUUCCACUUCAGCACCAGAACAUGGUUCAAAGCCUCUUGAAGAGAAACGAAAAGAUCCCAUUUCCACAACGAAACCGGUUAAAGAGAAGAAGAGGAAAUCCUCAUCCUCCUCUACACCUGGAGGAGGAGCUUCUCAACAUUCAGGCCUAUGCAGCAAAUGCCCUCCAUCGAUGGCGGUGCAGUUCUUGAAUGUAGUUGAGAAUUGGGUCCCUAACACGAUACAGAGAAGAGUAGAGGUCACUAACUCAGAAGAUGAAGAAUGUUGGUGGUUGACGAAGAAACCAAGUAGCCACACGGAAAGCUGCAACCAAGUUAACAGAGACAAUGAGGCCAAGCAAGUAAUGAGCAGCUCAAUGGCGUGGCCAUGUGCUCGCCUUUUACCGGAAGCUGAUGUCUACGCCUUACCUUACACAGUCCCUUUCUGA